UUGUCAUCCGUGCACAGGUAAAACAUAUCCGUCAACGAAGCUACCGCAUGGUGAGCGUAUUUGAUUCUUCACUCUAGAACAUUUCACUUUCUGAAGAGAAAAAGCUGCACAAAAGCGUGAAAAUGUUAAAAGUUAAUCUGAACAAGAAGUUAAACUCGGUUAAAGAAAAAAAUGGUGUUUCCCCAGCAUCUAAAGUUAUUCGCAAGACGAAAAAAGGGGCAUCAUGUGCAAAUACGGAGGAUGCAGUUGAAUCGAGAAUCAAGAUUAAAUCUGAAUUACAUUCAGAGUCUUUCAAAGUAAAAAGUGAACCUGCUGAAAGUAACAAGACUCGUAAUGGCACCAAAGUGGCAAAACAAAAACCGGCUAAAAAAGGCGCGACGGAUACAGUUGAAUCGGUAGUAAAGAUGGAAUCAGAGUCUGCCGAAAUUGAAACUAAAACUGGUGAAAGUAACGAAAUGAAUGACACCGAAGUGGAAGAGGAAACCCCGGCUAAAGAAGGCGCUAAGAAAUCGAAAGGCGAAGAGUCCACCAUUUUUAUAGCAAACCUUCCGACGACAAUGAAAAAGUCACAAAUUAAAACAUUGUUCAGCACGUACGGCGAUGUACAGACGGUGCGCAUUAGGAGGAACGAUGGGCUGCCUAUUUACCAUAGGAAAGAUCUAAAAAAUGUCCUUUCACUCAUUGCUUACGUGCGUUUCUCAACGAAGGAAGAAAUGGAAAAAGCGUGUGCGAUGAAUGGUCAGUUGGUAGGUGAAAAUCGCAUUCGCGUGUGUCCAGAAGGCAAGAAACAAAUCGGUAACAUCCAUUCUACGGUGUUCGUAGGUAACAUUAAACAAGGUACAACGGAAAAUGAGCUGUACGACUUUUUCAGACGGGUUGGCCCGAUGGAGUACGUCCGCUUGAUUGCAAAUAAGAAUUUCGCGUUCGUCUGCUUCAAGCAGCGCGUUUCUAUUAAAGAAGUGCUCAAACUCGACCAGCAACUCCUGAACGAUCGUCCACUUAGAAUACAGCGAAUGGAAAAAGAGCGCACCAAUGUAAAGCUUAACAAAAAGGGCAAUGUGGUUAAGCGUCGAAAGCUGCCAUUCAAUCCGAAGAAAAAGAAUGAUGGCGCUGCUACGGCUGACAAACGCAAAGAUGCUAAAGCGAAUGACGAUUUUCACGGCAAGCUGUCGGAAGCCAAGAAAAAAAAGAACUUUUUUAAAUCGGCCGGUGGUUCAGCACGCCAUACAAAAAUGUUAGCCAGUAAACUGAAGGCCGCCAUGCAGAAGUUGCACUAGAGACGCAUAAGGGUAUCGUAGCUGUUUCAGCACAAUAAACAUAAAAUGCCACUAUUGUCUUACACUUAAAA